AUGGAUCACGGCGCGCACGAAAUGGCAGCAAGGUGCUCGAUGCACAUGCUCUGGAACACCCAAAUCCUCGACACAUGCGUCGUAUUCUCCCAAUGGCACAUCCGCUCGCACCUCCAGUUUUUCCUCUCCUUCCUCGCUAUCGUCGCUCUAGGCAUGCUGUACGAGUACCUCCGCGUGUACUCGAGGGACUUUGAUACCCGCAUCGCGGUGAAAUUGAGAAGCGGGCGUAGGACCCCGCUUACGGCGAGUGGGCGCAGCUCGCCUGAACGUAGCGAUGCUGAGGAGACUGGGUUGUUGAAUGGAUUGAGGGUCGCGAGGAAGCAGGGAUUGUCGGUGCCGCCUCUCUAUCGUGUUAUGCGUGCUGUGCUCUAUGGAGCCAGCGUGGGCUUGUCUUUCUUCUUGAUGCUUGUGUUCAUGACGUACAAUGCAUACCUCAUUUUUGCAGUCAUCCUUGGUGCCGGGGCGGGACACUACAUCUUGGGUGGAACUAUGGAACCCAACGGUCCUGUUGAAAAGGGGAUGGCAUGUCAUUGA